UACUCUGGGCUGGCUUUCGUGGCCAGCAUUACAGGAUAUAAGGCUAUGAGAUGUGUACUUGUGGUUCUAAGUUUGUACUGGUAUUCUUCUCUGUGUCUCUGUGAACUAGCAAGAACUUAAACAGAAAUAUAUCACACACAUGUACCAGAAAAACAGACAACCCGACAAGCAUAACAAGGAGAGAAAUACUAAAUCAUUUGCUAAAUGCAUCCAGAUAUGACGCAAGAAUUGCCCCAAACUAUGAAGAAGAUCGAGCUACAAACGUCACUUUGCAGCUAUAUAUCCUCAGCAUUAAUUCCAUCAACGAAAUGGCAAUGGAUCUUUCAAUGGAGACGUUCCUUAGACAGACGUGGGUAGAUCCGCGCCUGAAUUACGAGCACCUGAGUAAUUUCAGCAACCUUGAGCUGGAUCAGAGAAUGAUGGCGGACGUAUGGGUCCCCGAUACCUACUUCCCAAAUGAGAAAGAGGCUCAUUUUCACGUCGUUACGGUUCCGAACAGGCUUCUUCAUAUAAGCAGAAAUGGCACCGUUUUUUACAGUAUUAGGUUGUCUUUAACACUGACUUGUCGGAUGAAUUUGUAUAAUUAUCCCAUGGACGAGCAGAACUGUCCAAUUUACAUAGAAACCUAUGGCUACACUGAAGAGAAUGUGCUUUUUAACUGGAAGUCUGUGGAUGCAGUUCAGGUGGACGAUGUGGAAAUGCCGCAGUUUUACUUCAGAAAGAGUCCCGCCAUCAGCAAGUGUACCCGAACAUUCAAAUAUGGCUCCGAGGCAACCUUUACUUGUUUAUCAACCACUCUGCACCUUCAACGCAACAUCGGCUACUACAUGGCACAGGUCUUUGUUCCCAGCAUCCUUAUCGUCAUCCUGUCGUGGGUGUCUUUCUGGAUACACGUGGACGCCAUUCCCGCCCGAAUUUCCUUGGGCGUGUUGACAGUGCUCACCAUUACUACACAGAGUGCUGGAAUACGGGCGUCUUUACCCCGUGUGUCUUACAUUAAGGCGAUAGACGUGUGGAAUUCCGCCUGUCUUGUGUUCGUGUUCACCGCUUUGUUGGAGUAUGCUUAUAUCAAUGUUCAAACACGGCGUCAUCAAAAAUCUGCAUCAAAAGAAACCCUGUUGACGAUACAGGCCUCCAACCCUUUGGUCCUCUCCCAGGGCGUAGCCCCAGCACGUUGCAUAGACGUCCGGAAGACUAUCGGAGCGAGAGAAAUGGACUACCUGAAGAGAGCACGGACUAUCGACAGGGUUGCGCGAUUUGCCUUCCCGAUCUCAUUCGCCAUUUUUAACAUUACAUUUUGGAUUUACUACAUGUUUGCACAUGAUUAUCAAAAUGAUUGAACAGAAACUGUUUGCAUGUUAAUUGCCUGUAAUGAGUUCAAGAUAUGCAGAUGUAAAAAAGAAAAAUGACGUUAAGACAUAAAUGCCAAGUGUUUCUUAAACAGACUUGUUUAACUUUGUUAAACAGAACAUUAAUUACUGUUUAUGUUAAUUACACUCUAUGGUAUCUUUUUUUAAUUAAAUAGCAUUCCGUCGUCAAAAAUUUUUGAUGAAGGGGACCCAUUGUAUCCACGUUUGUCCGUUGUCAAGCGUCGUCAUUCGGGCAUUUAAGCCUUUGAACAGUUGAGCUUUAUUUUGUUACCUUAUCCAAAUGUGCGUAGCAUGCCAUCUGUAGGAGAAUUAAAAUCUUGAUCCUUGUCUCUUUUAGUUAAAAAAUAUAAUCUAACUAAUUAUCUAGUUUUUUUUACUUAUGUAUCAGUCUUUUGAGUUGAGUAACCCUUCUCUAUUUAUAAUUAAAUUGGCAUUUUAUCAAUCUGUCAUAUUUUAAAUUUUGAAUUUACUGGGUGGGCAUAAAUACAAAAUUUACAACAUUUUUGUCAGGUCGUAAAUCUUGUAUUUACACUCACGCAGUAAAUUAAAAAAUUACAACACAACUAUGUUGUAAAUUUUUAUUCACUCACCAUGUAAAUUAA